GUGAAAGACCGGAAGAUAAACACGUCAUAGCAGUUACCAGAUGAUAUGCUCAACGUCAACGUAAGUCAACAUUCAUAAGGCAAACCGAACUUUUUCAAAUCAUCGACAUAAAUAUAAUAAGGGAAAUGAAAAAUGUUGGUGUUUGUAAUUAAUUAUCAUUAUGGCUAGUACAAUCUGGGUUUUUUUUUGUUUGUCUACUAUUAGCCGCGACUACGGCACGGUAUUUACUAUUUACUAUUUACUAUCACUAUCAUUUUUUAAUCUUUUUUUUUUUUAUUAAAUGGAAUAUUAGGAUAUUUAAUAUUAUUUAAAAUUAAUAAUAGUAGUCUUUAGUUUAAGUGUUUUAUGAUUUGUAUAUUCUUAUAGUAUAUAAUAAUAACGAAGGGGCUAUUCGGACCCGGCUACCAGAAGUGAGAGGUUGGGAUUAAAUUACAAAAUAUUUCAAAUAUUAUUGUUGGGGUUGUUGUAAGAUAAAAUUUGUUAUCGAAUGAAAGAUAAUUGAAUGGACUAUGACUAUAUAAACGUAAUUUUUCAGUUUGAAAUAAACUACGACAAAUGACAUCCGAAUAGCAUUUAGUCAAAUGGGACCCGGGUCCAAAUAGCGGUGAUGCGUGUCUGGAAUAUGCGGUGAUGCGUGUCUGGAAUAUGCGUGUCUCUUUUGGAAAUUAAUUUUGUCAGCAAUUUUUAUGUUGCAUUUAAUAGGGAGAUUCCUCUGUAGUUUGUGUGCAUUGAAGUUUAAAACGUUUCUUGUGUAUUGGGAUUAUUUGUGCUGUUACCCAUUCUGCUGGUAUUUUCUCUUCUUGGCAGAUUUAGUAAUAAGCUCAUGUGGCUUACUGUCUAGUUCCCUUCCUCCAUAUUUCAUAAAUUUUGCUGUGAUGAGGUCUUAUUCAGGGGCUUUGUGAUUAUUCAUGGAGUUGAUUACUUAUGUAGUUUCUUCCAAAGUUGGGGUGUUUAUAAAGUGUGAUGUCUUCCAUGUGUUGUUUCAUAAUCUUCCUCUUGACCACUGUCUGGAUUUUGUACUCCCUUAUUCAGCCCACCUCUACAGUACUUCACUAAUUUCCCUAAUUAAUUCUCUAUCUUUGCUCUCACACAUUUGAGGUCUAACUUGGUAUCCAUGCUUUUUUUCUUUUAUCUUCAUGUACAUUCCUAUAAUAUUUCACUCUCUUGAUAAUUCUUCUAUUUCUUUUGGUUUAUGUAUUUCUCAUUCCUUUUUUUUUCUCCAGCACAUUUUCAUGGUUUUUCAUUCUGGUUUCAUUGUAUACUUGUCUUGUAUUUCUGGUUUCCCUUUUUAUCAUGGUCAUUUGAGCCUUGUUCCUUUCUUUGACAGCCUCUAUGCAUUCAUGAUCAAACUAGCCUACUCUACUGUUAGUUUGGAAUCCUGUUUAUUUUUCUGCUGAUCUGUUCAUAGCAUUUUUUAACCCAUACCACUAUCCAUUUAUGUUGUUUUUACCUUUUUAUUUUCUAUCUUGAUGCUUCUGGUUGUGCUUGUUAUUCAUUUUGGUAAGCUGUUGUGGUUAGUUGGUCUUGGUUAGAUUUUGGUAAUCACAUUGUUUUUAUCUUCGUUUUUGGCCAUUGUGUACUAUGCUUAUUUUCUGUUUAUAUUUAAGUCUAAGUCAUUCAGUUAUUCCCGGGGUGUCCACUUUAUCCCGUUCCUCUUUUUGUCUGUGGAUUUGUUCAUUAUCCAGUCAAUGACAAGGAUGAAUAGAAAGGGGGACAAGAGACAUCCUUUUCUGAAUCCUGUUUCCAUAUUAAAGGCAUAUGUGAGCCUACCUUCAUGGACCAUCAUGCAUGUCAUUUCUUCAUUAGAUCAUAGUUUUUCUGGUACCCCAUAAUGCCAGAGAGGUUUCCUCAGGGAUUGUCAGGCCAGGCUAUCAAAGACCUUUUAAUAGACAUAAAAUUUAGUUAUAGGGGGAGUUCCAUUUGAUUGACUGUUCUACAAUGAUUCUACUAAUGAUAUUAGUGUUGCAAUUUGAUCUAUGCAUGUUCUGUUUUGGCAGAAGCCAGCCUGUUGAUCUCAUAGCUGCGUGUUGACCUGGUCUUUCAUUUAAAAAAAAAUAAUUCUGUUAAAGAUCUUUCCUGUUACAGACAGCAGUGUAAUUCCUCUGUAGUUUGCACAGUUACUGAGAUCCCUUUCUUUGGUAUCUUGACAAGGUAUCCUACUUUCCAAUCUUUUGGAACUCUUUCUUCUUCCCAUAUUUUUUCAAACAGAGGGUGCAGCAUGUUGACUUUUGUAAUCUAUAUCUGCUCUCAUCAUCUCUGUUGUGAUUUUAUCUGGUUACGAGGCUUUCCCUGUUUUGAGCUGCUUUGUUGAUAGCCAGGGCAAAUUCUUCCUUAUUUGGGACACCACCUUCUAUUUGUAAAUCUUCAUUUGAUGGUUGUGUGUCUGUGGGUGGAGGUCUAUUUAGUAAUUACUUGAAGUAUUUCACCCAUCUUUUUUUGUUCUUUUCGUUCUGUUAUUGAUCUACCUUCCUUGUCUUUAACCGGUCUCUGACUUCUUGUAUCUUCCUAAGAGCUUUCUUGUUAUGUCAUUGAGCUCUUACUCAGCUCUUUCAUGUUUCACUUUCUGGCUGCUUCUUCUGCUGUUGAUGCUAGGUCAUCUAUGUAAGCUCUUUUAUCCUUUUUGAUGCUGUUCUUAACACUUCGAAUUGCUUCUUUAUAUUUCUCUUGUGCUUUUGUUUCCUUUGCCCUGGUGCGGCUAUUGCUAACUGAACAUUUCAUUUCUUUCCUCUCAUUUAUUUUUUGCAACGCGUUUAGUGAGAGCCAAUCUUUUUGUUUUUGCUUCACCCGUCCUAAUACCCUGUUGCCCAUGGACGUUACAGACAUCUUUAUGUUUUGCCAUUAAAGUUCUAUCUGGUCAUCAUCUGUUUGGGUUUGCAGUGCCUGGAACUCAUUUCUCAAGGGAACACUGAAUUCCUGUUAUUUCUGCUCGCUUGCCAGAAGUGCUAUGUUAUAUUUUAGUCCUCUAGCAGUUGGCUCUUUCCAGUAAAAUAAAUUAAUGAUAAUUAUGUCAGCUUUUCAGUUGUUUAUGUACAGUUUGUUUUUUUUUUUUUUUUUUUUUUUUUUUUUUUUUUUUUUGGGGGGGGGGGGGGGGUCUUUAUACUGGAUUUUGACUCCUUAAAUAAUUGUGUUGUAAGAGUGAUCAUUGAUCUCAGUCUCAUGUCCAAAAUAAAUAAAUUCAGUUCUCUCUUUCUUUUCGAUGAGUUCUUUGCGAUCAGCUGUUGGUAUUGACCCAAUGUUUGUUAAAAAACAAGAAAUGCAUAUUAUAUCUUAACGUUAAUUAUAAAAAUUCAUUGAAGUUGCAAAUAAAAAAUUCAUAUAAAAUCUGAAUCAUCCAUCUUUUUAUCUUCUUUCUUUCAACAGCUGUUUGGCUCUUGAGAUGGCAUACAAUCCAGAAAGUGGAGGUGUUCAUCUUGAACUUGUAAAGAUUGUUGCUUAUUGAGAGUGUACAUUUUUCAAAAGUGCUAAUGAUAACAGAAUUUCAUCAUAGCCUGAACUCGUAUAUUUCAAGUGUAAUUUAAGGAAUUGGAAGAACAGAAGGCUGAGAUUUACCACAUAUCAAGUGUUCUAUGUGUUCUAUCGAACUAAUAUAAAGUAAUACUGAAACUUGCCUUCAAAGUAAGUAUUGUGCCCGCAAGAUGUGUCUUUACUUUAACUGAUAUUUUGAAUAUUUAAAACAUUUUAUAAUAUGAAAUUCCUAGGUCACAUAACUGUCAGUGUCCACAAGUGUCCAUAAGAACAUCUGGUGGGUGAUAAUUUAAAUGACUGGCUGUGUCAACAGUCAUUUGUUAUUCCAGAUGGUGCCCAGGGCAGUUGUGUCAACAAUGCAUUGUGGCAAUGGUAUGUUGUUUUAGCUGUUGAGUUAUGCACUAAUGAUUAAGUUGAAUGAUCUUGUUUCACCAGAUGUACACACUGAUGUCAGGGUUCUACAAGUACAUGUGUCAGAGAGAUCAGUACUUUGUCCUCAUCCUGGGACUGGACAAUGCUGGGAAAACAGUGAGUGGAUCCUGUUUGCACUGUUUGAUUUAUUCCAAAAUUUUUUUAAAUCAGUUUCUAUGGAAAAGGCUAAGUCUUACAAGUCAGUGGGGUUAUUUAUUACCUGGAGCACAGGUUGGGAACAGCUGAUCUAGUUAAAUAGACAUGACACUCAUACAUCUUGGGAUGGGCACUAACUGUAAAUCUGUCAUUAUUUUUAAAAUUUCUGUUGGUUACCAAGCAUCCUGAACAAAAUUUUAGCAGUUAAGUACUUCUCACAAUUUUUUAAUACUAAGCUCUUCAAGAAAAUGUAGACACUUUAUUACAGAUCUAUCAGUUACAAUGAAUAACAAUAUUUUGUAUCUCUACAGACAUUUCUAGAACAGACAAAGACUAAGUUUAACAGAAAUUACCAAGGAAUGAAUUUAGCUAAAAUAACAUCAACUGUCGGUCUUAACAGUAAGUUAUGAGUAAGAAUAUAUGUGUAAUAUCGUGAUAUGUUUGCAUUUAUAUUUGAUUUGCUGGGACUAUUUUAAUUGCUUCUAUCAAUAUUUUCCCAGCUAAGUUUUAGCUUGUCAAAGUAUCCCCUCGGAAAGACAUCUUUCUACAUUUAAAAAAAAUAAAAACAAAUUAUAAUAUUUAUUUGAACACGUCAUGAAAUGCUAAUUUCUUGCUAACGUCUUUUACAGUUGGAAAAAUUGAUGUAGGGACAUCAAGGCUAAAUUUUUGGGAUUUGGGAGGCCAGGAGGAGCUUCAGUCCCUGUGGGACAAGGUAUUAUAGGGAUAUCUUGAUAUAGAAUACAUAAAUGUUUUAAAAAUAAAGUUAGAUUAACAUUGAUUGUCAUCUUUCAUUUAUGAAAAAAAUCCACUUACAUUUAAUCAAAUGCUUUGAUUGUCCUUAGUACUAUGUGGAGUCCCAUGCAGUCAUAUAUAUUGUUGACUCAUCUGACAGAGAAAGGGUUGAAGAGUCCAAGGAGGCAUUUGGUGAGCUAGUUAUAAGUGUAAUUUUAUUGACAGGUCUCAAACUUUAAAAAAGUUGAAUCCUUACAUAUUUAAUAUCUCAUCAAAAUUUGAAUUAUUGCUAAGUUUACAUUUCUGUUUUGAGCAACCCUUAUAUUUUUAUUGUAGUCAUUGCCAGAGUCUCCUUUCAUUCAUCUUAGGCCACAGCAGGUUAUUGAAGAAAAGUACAGGUGAAUCAAUCUGUAUGUUCAUUUAGAGACCGCCAAUACAAACGAUUGAAGAAAAAUGGCUCGAUUGAACUUAGAGAGGAGGUACUGAGGCUCCGCCGAACCAUCCAAUACUUAUUGCUCAGAUCUUAUUGGACUACAUGAACAGCAACUUUUCAGAGGAAGACUCCCUGACCAAAGGUGUCAAGAACAAGCGCUUCUGGAGCUAUGUGAAGCACCAAAAUUCCUCAAACGCUGGAGUUUCCUCACUUAGGUGGGAUGGCCAUUUGACAUCUGACCCAAAAGCACAGGUUGACAUACUCAAUCAGCAGUUCCAGUUUUUCUUUGGUGAGGGUAGAGAGCACUCGAAGGCUGAGUUCCUUCUGAAGACCAAAGUGAUGAACAGAGCCUACCCUGCCAUGGAAGAUAUCCAGAUAUCAGAGCAGGGUGUGCUUGCCCUCCUCAAAACCAUUAACCCCUACAAAGCAUGUGGUCCUGACAACAUCAAACCACGAGUGCUCAAAGCAUUAGCCAAAGAAAUCGCUCCUGCACUGACAAUCCUCUUCCAAUUGUCGCUGUGCACAGGAAAUGUUCCAGCAGACUGGAGAACAGCACAUGUCACUCCAAUCUACAAGAAAGGGGAGCAUUCCGACCCUGCCAACUAUCGUCCCAUAUCCCUCACCAGGGUGGUCUGCAAACUGUUGGAGCACAUAAUUGUAAGCACAGUCAUGAAGCAUCUUGAAAGCCAAAAUAUACUCAAUGACCGUCAAUAUGGCUUCCGAGUCAAUAGAUCAUGUGAGAACCAGCUCCUUGAAUUUGUAGAAGACUUGAUGACCAAUCUGGAGAAUCACAAGCAAACUGACGUGCUGGUGAUGGACUUUGCAAAGGCAUUUGACCGUGUCAAUCAUAGUUUGCUUCUACACAUAUAUACAGAGUAAAAACCAGAAAAAGGACGACACAAAAAAUACAAACGUUUCAACCAAACAGCCUUUGGCGGCAAAAAAUCCCAGAGACAAAAGCGCUUAGCUUGUUGUAAAAUAAUUUAGUUGACAGGAAAGGGUAGACACAUUCAAUUACAUAGCAUUGUACAACUUUUACAUCCAGUGGGUUUGUACGUGUGAUAGUAUAGCCUGAGGUUUACCCACAGCUAUCGCAGUGACGCUCAGAUCGUGUCUUUUACAGUAUUCCCAUUAAGUGGCACCUUGCCACAUAUAAACACCCCAUUAGUUCUAAAUAAUAUAAUGUUCCAAAUAUCCGCAAAAAUUUUAUGUACUUGUUAUUUUACAAUUACUUAAUAUUUUGUGUAUCAUUAAAUCUAGACAGUGCAAUGUUGUUGUUUUUUAUAUUUUAUAGAAAAGAUGGUGAUGAAUGACAAUCUCACUGGUGUCCCGCUAAUGCUGUUGGCAAAUAAACAAGAUUUAGAUGUAAGUUACAGAACAUUCAUUUUACAUAAAACAGCUCAAAUACCACUCUGUGUAAUCUUAAUGCAGCAUGAUUUCCAGGAAAAAUGUCAAAUGGGUGGUGACUGAAAUGGUAAAACGUUAUAAUUCAUAUUUUUUAAAUUCUUAAAUAUUCUAUUUAAAUGUGGGGAUUGACAGUUGGAACUUAAUUAUCAUAAUUUUGAAUAUCUGAUUUAUGAAAUUCUGAUAAAAUAACCAAGCUCAAACUGCUCUAAUAGAUUCCAUUAAGCUAGGCCAGAGCUUCUCAUAGUGACUGCUACUGCAGGGAUUGCAAAAAGGGAAACUGGUUAAAUUUAUCAGGAAUAAGAUUUUUUAGAUUAAACUACACAUUUUAAAGACAGGGAAUUUACUGUUUGUUUUGUAAACAUAAAUUAGAGUCAGUGAUGGAUUUCAGUCAGAGGUAGUUUAAUUUUUUUCAGACACAGAAAAGAAAAGGCAUUUCAGCUAAUUAAAUAGAAUAGAGCAUUGUCAAUGAAUAACAAUACAUGAUUUACACCCAAUGAGGCACUGUAAACAGUUAACUCUAGUAAUACCAUGGUCAAUUUCAAUUCAAUUGAGAUGAAGACUGUCAAAAAUCAAUUGUGACGCUUCUAAAGAAAAUUUUGUUGGCUUGCAUGCAUCAUACAACAUUUUAUUACAUAUUGCAGUUGAUGGCUAAAUCUUUUGAUGGAAAUUCAUGAAUUUCUUUUAGAUACUUUGAGAAAUGGAAUGUCUGUUGAAGCAUUUUUCAUUUUUUCGUUUUUUUUUUAAAGGGUUGUUUAAAGGUAACAGAGGUGAAGACAAUCUUCAAUAGCCCUCUUCAAGCCAUGGGACAGCGUGAAUCAUGGGUACAGGCAGUGUCUGCUCUCAAGGGGUAAGUUGAAGCAAACUAACAGCUCCACUCCUCGCUGACUUGGUGCUUUUAGCCAGCAGCUUCCUAUCUAUUGGAAACCCACAAGGUUUCAGUCCCCCACAACAUGUAUAAACACUGCCAACAAUGUGCACUCUGUUGUUUCAGUGAUGGGGUUCAAGAAGGAAUCAACUGGCUGGUUGAAGCCAUUAAAAGAAACAGCAUAUCACGACCUCCACAACAGAAGGAGAUCACAUGAUCAGACAGAAACAAGAACUUUGUCAAAUGUCAUUCCAGCAAAAAUGUCAAGAGUGUGUGUGUUCUGGGACUGUCUCCCCUUACGCACUCAAAAUGGUGGGUCCAUAGAUAAAACUUCAUGUAAUAUAUUCUAUUUCAUCAGAUCAGUUGAGUUUAACUCAAUGGCUUGCCAAAACUGUCUGAUGUGGGAACAAAACGGGUGAUACAUUUACUCUAUUCACGUCACUUUUCAUGAAACAGUACAUAGUCCACUAUCGGCUGCCGAAACUCAGCUUCUGGUAAUUUUUUUUAAUGCUCUUUUAUUAUUAAUAUUUAUUCCAAAAGCUAAGUUCAGACAGACCAUUAUUUUCAUGUUCGCAUUAGUAACUUUUUAUUCACAAUGUUUCAUUUUUGGAUCAUUAUUUUUGAGAGCCUCAAGGUAGAAUGUGUCUGCAUGUGUAAACAAUCACAAAAUUUACAUAUAAAAGGGAAGAUUGUCUAAAUAGAAAUGGAAAAAAAUAUAUAAUUUUCUGUCUGUGUACCGGUACAGAUAAAUAUUAAUCUUGAAAAAGGCUCAAAUUUGGGGACGAAGAAAACAUUGAUAGGAGUUUCAAAAUGGUAAUUUACUUGGCGAGAAACUUAUGGGCAAGUUCCUGUAAUCCGGCUCUAUAAUUUUGGACCUGUUUAAUUUAGUUUACUGAGUACUGGUAUUGCACAGAAGAUUUUGAUUUUAAAAGUAGCUUUUAUUUAAAAGAAUUGUAACAAUCUUCUUAUGUUGCUGCCUAGGGGUGUGCCGGAUCCGUUUUUUCCAACCGGAUCCGGAUCCGGAUUUUCUUAUGCGAAAUCCGCCGGAUCCGGAUUCCGGUUUCUCCCGGAUUCCGGAUUUUGGUACUAUUGGUAGAUACUUCGGUAAGUCAAGGUGGACUACUACUUUUUGUGUAUGGGAAUUCGCAAUCG